ACUCCUUGAAUUAUGUUCAGUUUUUAUCUUCUGUCCACCUGAUGUAUCCGUAAUUCUGUUAAAUUAGUUGACAUUUCAUGUGUGAUUUUUUUAUCUUUCUUUGUUUUAUUUUAUUUUUUUUGGCUCGGGACCAGUAAGUGUUACGAGCGUACUUGCUCUCGGCUUGGUUCAGUCUUUUCCUUUUCACACACACAGACGCACACAUAACUGGCCCCUGCAUUCCUAGGCUAAUUCUCCUCUCAUUGGUCAAUCAGCACGUCAAUCAUGGUUCUCCAGACUAAGCUUGCGUUUGAUUGGUCGGAGGAAUACCCAGUGCCAAUGAGCAAACGCUAUUGGCUGAAAAACUAGGUUAGUGGUCCGACAGGCAUGACGGUGAAAAGAAAGUGGGUCACCGAUUGAAAAUCGUUUAUGUCACAGUUCUUCUGUGUGUCUCUACUGCUUUCUCACCGGCGGCUGUCCAUGGAUCCACGGGUCACUCCGGGCGGUCUAGGAGGACCGGUCACUGCAGCUGCUUAAAGAUCGAAUGACACCGGGUCGAGCUGAACCAAACCAAACUGAAACCAGAUCGGAACGGAGCCCACUAGGCCGGUCCAGACAAUAUCAGGCCAGUCCAGGACGCCUUCUCCAGUUUCCUAUCCAGUUCUGGGCUUGAGGGUGAAUGGAAGGAGAUGACUUUAACACUGACGAUAUGAUAAACAUCUGUGAUGACCUGAUGGCCGACCAGCGGAUGGACAUCUCGUCUACCAUUACUGACUUCAUGUCUCCAGGCUCCACUGACCUCAUCUCCAGCUCCAUCAGCACGCCUGGCAUGGACUACACCCGCAAGAGGAAAGGCAGCACCACCGACUACCAAAUCGAUGGCUUUUCCUUUGACAGUGACAUGGACCCAGAGAAGGAUAAACUAGGAAGUGACCAGCAGGGCAGGAUUAAAAAUGCCAGAGAAGCUCACAGUCAGAUCGAGAAACGGCGCAGGGACAAGAUGAACAGCUUUAUCGAUGAGCUGGCGUCACUGGUGCCAACGUGCAACGCCAUGUCCCGCAAGUUGGACAAGCUCACCGUGCUGCGGAUGGCGGUGCAACACAUGAAGACGCUCAGAGGUGCAGCCAACCCGUACACAGAAGCAAACUACAAGCCGGCCUUCCUUUCAGACGAUGAACUGAAGCAUUUAAUACUGAGGGCAGCUGAUGGCUUCCUGUUUGUCGUGGGCUGCGAUCGCGGAAAGAUCCUCUUUGUUUCCGAAUCUGUGUUCAAGAUCCUCAACUACAGCCAGAACGACCUGAUAGGUCAGAGCCUGUUCGACUACCUGCAUCCCAAGGACAUUGCCAAAGUCAAAGAGCAGUUGUCGUCCUCAGACACGGCCCCCCGAGAGAGGCUCAUCGACGCAAAAACUGGACUUCCUGUGAAGACAGACAUCACCCCGGGUCCAUCUCGACUGUGCUCCGGAGCCAGACGGUCCUUUUUCUGCAGAAUGAAGUGCAACCGGCCGUCGGUCAAAGUGGAGGAUAAAGACUUCCCCUCCACCUGCUCCAAGAAAAAAGCUGACCGUAAGAGCUUCUGCACCAUCCACAGCACGGGCUACCUCAAGAGCUGGCCCCCCACAAAGAUGGGGCUGGACGAGGACAACGAGCCGGACAACGAGGGCUGCAACCUCAGCUGCCUGGUGGCCAUCGGCCGCCUUCACCCCCACAUCGUCCCCCAGCCGAGCCCCGCCGACAUCCGAGUGAAGCCCACCGAGUAUGUCUCGCGGCACGCCAUCGACGGGAAGUUCGUCUUUGUGGACCAGAGAGCCACAGCUAUCCUGGCUUACCUGCCCCAGGAGCUGCUUGGAACCUCCUUCUACGAGUACUUCCAUCAGGACGACAUCAACCACCUGGCCGAGUGUCACAGACAAGUGCUGCAGAUGAGGGAGAAGAUCAACACCAACUGUUACAAGUUCAAAAUCAAAGACGGCUCCUUCAUCACGUUGAGAAGCAGAUGGUUCAGCUUCAUGAACCCCUGGACCAAGGAGGUGGAGUACAUCGUCUCUACCAACACCAUUGUUUCGUGUCCCAUGAUGGAGGGAUCAGAUUACCCUCAGUCUGCUGCCUCCCCACAGAGUAUGGAGAGUGUCCUGAUCUCAGAAGGUGAGGGAAAACGUGGACGUUUUUCAGGACAAACCCUAGCGGCUGCUGAUUCAUCACUAACCUCCUUGUGCUGGUUGGCAGGUGGGGGUCGGAGGGCGCUGCCAACUGUGCCCGGCAUUCCCGGGGGAACGAGGGCAGGAGCUGGGAAGAUCGGCCGCAUGAUAGCGGAGGAAGUGAUGGAGUUCCAAAAGAUUCGAGGCUCGUCCCCCUCCAGCUGUGGCUCCAGCCCUCUGAAUAAGACCAGCACCCCUCCUCCUGACUCCUGUUCCCCCGGGGGCAAGAAGAUCCAGAACGGCGGUACCCCCGAGCUGCCGAGCACGGGGAUCAUUCCUGGACCGGAUUCUGUCGGCUACCCGUACUCCAACCAGUCCAUCAUGAGUGACAACUCCCACCUGAGUUUAGACAUCAUGGAUGAGCCCGGCUCCAGCAGCCCCAGCAACGACGAGGCGGCCAUGGCGGUCAUCAUGUCCCUGCUGGAGGCGGACGCCGGCCUGGGGGGCCCUGUGGACUUCAGCGACCUGCCCUGGCCUUUGUGAGGAAGGCAGAGAGAAGAAGCCGAGCCGCUGAAGGAGUGUCCUGCCCCCUCUGCACACAGCUACACUGCAGAAAAGCCCCACUGUCACCCCACCAGUCUGUAAAUACGAAAGAUUUGUACAGGGAUGAGAGAGGGGAGCAUCUCUCAGAGAGCCUGGAUCCGGCCGGACGGCUUUUUAGAUUUCGCUCUGACUUUUUAUUCAUCAUUCCUCGUAGGUGGACCUGAAUUUUCUAGGAGUUCCUGCUGCAGACCAGCUCUCAUCCUUGCAGUGUCGCUUUAACACCAGAGCCGUGGUGCUAACAGAACCCUGGCAGUGGGCCCGGCGUUCCGGGUCUGCGGCAGGCUCCUGAGGUGUUCUGGAAGCUGAAUCCCGCCGUCUCCUCUGCAUUUUAGCGUAGACUCAGGCUAAGGCUGCCGCCGUCCUCUGGAGCUCUGUGUGGAACGUUCUCCAGAGUGGAGGUCUUUCUGUCAGAAGAAGCCACAGAGCUGCUGUUCCCUCGUCAAACUACUUUCCCAUUUGCUCCUAACGGCACUACACGUCAUCCUCCUGGAACCAGAUUCCCAGGAGCGGAUGCUCUUUCUGAGUCUGCUGGCAGCCUGCAGUGCACCUGCUGGAGCUUUAGGAGGAGCAUUCUGGUCUAGAACCUCAUCAGAUUGAACUCGCUGAGAACAUUUGUCACCUGGAGUUCUGUCUCUCUGUCUUGGAUCUCUGUUCUCUCGGUCGGGUUCUGGCGUCUGAAGGCCUUCAUCUGGAGGAACUGGGAUCUUUUGUUUUUACGAAGUUUCAGAAAAAAAAUCUGGAUUUAUUCUUAAAAUCAGAACAAGCUUGAAAAGUUUGUUGGGGGGGGGGGGGGGGGGGGGGGGGUGCUGCAUUUCUCUACAGAAAGCUGCUGUUCUGCCACAGCAGAUCCUCGUUGCACCCCCCCCCCCCCCAUCCUGGAGGAUGAGGAAUAUCCUUGAACACUUCUCCGACCUCACUGCUCCUCUGGGAGGAGGUGCUUCACUGCUGCCUGUCAGAGGCCACGCCUCCUACUCUUAAGCCCCUCCCUCCUCGCUGCACUUCAGGCUGUCGGCUCCUCGGGAUGGGACUGCUGAUGCCUCAUCUUCCUCAGAAAACUUAAGAAAUGAUCCCACAGUUUCAGCACUUCUGAAUGAGCAGAUGUUUAAGCUGGGGGUGGGGGGGGUAACAGCUGGGGGGUUGGCAGCUGCACAUAUGCUUCUCUCAGGAGAAACAUGUUCUUGAUGAUGAUGAUGAUGAUGAUGAUGAUGGGCGGGAUCUUCACCUCACCAGCUCUGUUGAUUUGCUUUGGAGAGAAUGUUGGGGGGAGGGGGAGCGGAAGCAAUUGGAUGUCAAAAUAAAAGCUUUACAGCAAAAUGUGGAAAAAUGAAAAAAUAGCUUUUAGAUAUUAAAGAGAAAAGUCUAAAGAGAAAAGCUGAUUUGACAGACUCUAAAACCCUCGUCUUCAGAGAUCUGAGGCUGAGCAUCAAAGCCAUUUACGGCCGUGUGAUCAAGACUUUCCUUAAGGUGGAAUUUUUCUAGCUAUUUGAAACCUGCGGUCCUGCAGGGGAAUUCUGGUCCAGUUCUGGUCCAGGCCUAGCCAGAACCCACGUUUGGCCCACUUUCCCAGUUGCUGGCUCAAGCCCCGCCCCUUUCCCCCACAUUCGUCCAGUCAGGCAGCAGCUGCUGAGGUCCUUCUGUUCUUGUGGGUUUCUGUUUCUGCACACUACAAUAGUGUUCUCCUUGUUGAUGCCCCCCCCUCCAAAAAAGAAAUAAUGUAUCAAAUCUAUAAAUAUUAUCAUGUGAAGAGUAUACUUUAUGCAAAUAUAUGAGUAUGAUGAGUGUAUUGUAUGUAUCAGCAGUGAAAUAUUUUUCAAAUAAAAUUAUUUGUUUCUGUCGUU